UUGGUUGGGUUCGGCUGGCUGAAAUGUGGACGGAAGGUAGAAAAUAACUGAAAAUUACAGACACACAGAUACCAAGAUUCUCGACGGAAGCAAUUCCUUGCUUCUUCUCCAAAUCACAAACCCUAACAAAUUUUCAUCUUUAUUUCAGGGAAUCUUCAUGUGAACUUCUUGUGUGAUUACUGUUGGACAUCGAGGAUUACUCUCAUAGGAUUUGGAUAUUUGCACAUUGUUAUUGCUGAAGUUCAGAAUUGAUGGAUGUGGAUGGGGGAAGUACCUCAUCAGAUUCUACAAGAGUUCGAUCAAUUCCAAUACAUUCUGGGCAAUGUAAAGCUUUUCUUUCUCAGUUCAAACAGCAAAGUCUUCCAGCUUGCAAACCUGUCUUAACACCAGCAUGGGUUAUUGCUACACUUUUGUUGCUGGGUUUUGUUUUUAUUCCCAUCGGGCUUGUCACUCUUCAUGCUUCUCGUGGUGUGCUUGAAAUCGUGGACCGAUAUGAUGCAGAUUGUGUACCUGAGGAAUUUAAAGGAAACAAGGCGUCAUAUAUCAAGGAUACUUCAGUUCCCAAAAAUUGCACUCGCAUCUUGAAGGUGCACAAGUAUAUGAAAGCUCCAAUCUACAUAUAUUAUCAGCUCGAUAAUUAUUAUCAAAAUCACCGAAGGUAUGUCAAAAGUAGAAGUGAUCAGCAGCUCUUACAUGGACUAAAAUACAAUGACACAAGCUCCUGUAAACCUGAAGAGUCCAACAAUGGUCUUCCUGUUGUCCCUUGUGGGUUGAUAGCUUGGAGUUUGUUCAAUGACACAUACACAUUUAUUCGUGGGACAGCAGAAUUGAGGGUUAACCGGAAGAACAUUGCAUGGAAAAGUGACCGUGACCACAAAUUUGGGAAGCAUGUAUAUCCCUUCAAUUUCCAGAAUGGGACCUUGAUUGGUGGUGGAAAGCUAGAUCCUAAUAUCCCUCUAGGUGAUCAAGAGGAUCUUAUUGUGUGGAUGCGUACUUCUGCCCUUCCUAGCUUCCGAAAGAUUUAUGGUAGAAUUGAAGAAGAUUUGGAAGCAGAUGAUGUCAUAGUUGUUCACUUGAUGAACAAUUACAACACAUACAGUUUUGGAGGGAAAAAGAAGCUUGUUAUUUCCACAUCAAGCUGGUUGGGAGGAAGGAAUGACUUCCUUGGUGUUGCCUACAUCUUUGUUGGUUCUUCUGCCAUAAUACUCUCACUUGUUUUCUUAUUGCUUCAUGUGAAAAACCCAAGGCCAUAUGGAGACACAGCUUACUUAUCCUGGAACAGAAAAGGAAUUUCUAGCUGAGAAGGUGACAUUCAAAUUUGAGUUAUUUAAUGAUGGUUGCUGCUCAUCUCAUAGAUUCAUGUAAAUUUUGAAAUUCUCGAGUGAUAUCAAAGUACCUUAAGCCAGAGGCGGAGGACUCGUUUUGUUAUUUGAUUCAAGAGAAUUAAAAUCUCCUGUUGAUUACACUGUAUGUAUACUCUUCAUAAGAAACUGCUCUUAGAUGAACAUCCCUAUUACAUUACACAAAUGUAGCAAAAUUAUUUUUGUUUUAUGAAUAUAUUAACUGGGAAUGAAUAUUUUCCCCCACUAAAGUAAUUGAAACUACUUUAUUUGAA